AUGGCUUCCACCAACGUGUCUAGCGCCGGGACAGGCAGAGCCCCCGUGGAUGCCCCAGCGCCAGCGGGACUAGGCUCCUCCAAGGCCUCCUCGUCAGCGCUUCGGCUCAUCCAGCACAAGAGGGAGGCAUUGUGGUUCUACCGCUUCAUCUCCAUCGGCUAUGACCACGUCUUCAACCCGGGCCAGUAUACCGAGGACAUGCGCGACGUUGCCAUGGACGAGCACGCCGACCUCCGCAGGCCGAACCUCAAGGUCGUUGACGUCGGCGGUGGCACAGGGUUCACCACGCUGGGCAUCGUCAGGCACGUCGACCCGGAGAACGUCACGCUGAUCGACCAGUCGCCGCACCAGCUCGACAAGGCCAGGCAGAAGAAGGCCCUCAAGGGCGUCAAAAUUAUGGAGGGCGACGCCGAGGACCUUCCCUUCCCGGCUGACACGUUCGACCGCUACGUCUCCGCUGGCAGCAUCGAGUAUUGGCCCGAUCCACAGCGGGGGAUCAAGGAAGCCUACAGGGUAUUGAGUACUGGUGGCCUAGCUUGCAUCAUUGGCCCUGUACGCCCAACAUUUUGGUUAUCCCGCUUCUUCGCUGAUAUGUGGAUGUUGUUUCCUACGGAACAAGAGUAUAUUGAAUGGUUCGAGAGAGCAGGGUUCAAGGAUGUUGAACUCAAGAGAAUUGGGCCAAAAUGGUAUCGUGGUGUUCGUAGGCAUGGCCUGGUCAUAGGAUGCUCUGUCACCGGUAUCAAGACAGAAAGCGGAGACUCCCCUUUACAGCUUGGUCCAAAGGCCGAGGACAUCAGCAAGCAUGGAAAUCCUAUCCUUGUCUUCGUCCGCUUCCUCAUAGGGACGAUAUGUGCUACCUACUUCUUUCUGGUGCCUAUUUACAUGUGGAUAAAGGACAAGAUUGUGCCCCGUGGCAUGCCGAUCUAA